GGACUGAGCUGAGAGCGCAGCAGCGAUCGAGCGCGAGCGCUAGACAUGAGACGGACGCGAUCGCUGGAAACGAUUAUUCGCACAGCUGAAUGAAUCUCUGACUGCUGGCAACAAUAAAAGCACAAGGAGCGCGAUUCCUUCGACAGGGAACUACCGAAAAGCGGCGCGCUCUGGCUUUAUAGACGCAGGACAGGCUCGCGUACGGAAGACUCCAAGGAAGAGGCGCGUGAGGAAAGUUUUCCUGCGCGAAAACAAACUGGACGGAACAGUGCCGAGAUAGUGACGCAUAAGCCAUGCACUGGUUGUACAGCGUGGGAUAGUUCUUCUGGUGUCGUUCAUCCGAAGGGGAUGCCUUUUUGGUGGCUUUCAUCAACAAAAGUUUAACGUCAGGAGCGCCGUUGCUUUUUUCGACAAGAAAACGGGUUUGUUCGGAACGGAACAUUUCUCGCGCUCGUCCGGUUAUUAUCGUUCGGUGUAUUUGUUGCUUUGGCUGGAGGAUCCCUUCCUCAUCGCCUAGUUUUUGGGGGACAGGGGGCGGGUUGGAUUUCUAUAUUUUUUCACUUUUCCCCCAUGGCCUCCUCCAGGAUGUAUCUUCUUGUGAAAUGCACGCUGAUUCUCCAACUUGUGGUGUUGAUCGCGAAGAACAGUCGGGCGCUCAUUUGUUUGCCCUGUGACAAGUCCAAAUGCGAGGAGCCCAAGCUCUGCACGGGCUCGGUGGUGCUGGGGAUCUGCGGCUGCUGCUCGGUUUGUGCCAAGCAGAAGAACGAGAGCUGCGGCGGCGUUUACGGUCUGUACGGGACCUGCGACCGCGGACUCCGGUGCGUGAUCAGACCCCCGUUAAACGGCGGCUCCAUCACGCAGUACGAGGUCGGAGUGUGUGAAGAUGAAAACUGGGAUGACGACCAGCUCUUGGGCUUUGAGCCGUGCAAUGAAAACCUGGUUACGGGCUGUAACAUCAUUGAUGGCAAGUGUGAGUGUGACAGUGUACGGACAUGCAACAACCCAUUUGAGUUCGCUAGCCAGGAAGCCUGUCAGACGGCGCUACAGAAGAUUGAAGAGGAAAGGCCAGACUGUUCUAAGGCGAGAUGUGAGGUGCAGUUUUCUCCACGUUGCCCUGAAGACUCUAUAUUAAUCGAGGGCUACGCUCCGCCAGGUGAAUGUUGCCCAUUGCCCAGCCGCUGUGUGUGUAGCCCAGCUGGGUGUCUGAGGAAGGUCUGCCAGCCUGGCCACCUCAACAUUUUGGUAUCCAAGAGUUCAGGCAAACCCGGCGAGUGCUGUGAUCUCUACGAGUGCAAACCAGUGUUCAGUGUGGACUGCAGCACAGUAGAGUGUCCUCCAGUGAAGCCUGUCCAGUGUCCGGCAGACAGCUACGAGACUCAGGUCAGACUGACGGCAGAUGGCUGUUGCACCCUUCCUACCAGAUGUGAGUGUUUGCCAGGCCUCUGCACCUUCCCACAGUGCUCAGCGGGGAUGUCCCCUCAGGUCGUGUCCCGCGGUGAUGGAACACCUGGGAGGUGUUGCGAUGUGUUUGAGUGUGUCAACGAGACAAAGCCGGCCUGCACUUUUAACGGUGUGGAGUACCAUGAUGGAGACAUGUUCAGGAUGGACGCCUGCCGCUUUUGCCGCUGUCAGGGUGGUGUAUCUGUGUGCUUCACGGCCCAGUGUGGCGUCCUGCACUGCGAUCGCUACUAUGUUCCUGAUGGAGAGUGUUGUCCUGUCUGUGAAGACCCCAUCUACCCGGUGCUCAGUUUAGCCGGCUGCUAUGUGAAUGGGCAAAUCUUGGCUCACGGUGACCAUUGGCGCGAGGACGACUGCACCUUCUGCCAGUGUGUGAGUGGAGAUGCCCGCUGUGUGGCAGCUGCCUGCGGCCACAGCUGCCUCAAUCCUGUCACUGUGCCCGGAGAGUGCUGUCCCGUGUGUGAGGAGCCCACCUACAUCACGAUGGCGCCCCCUGCCUGCGGCUCGCUGGAUAACUGCACACUGCUGGAGCAGAGCUGCGCGUUUGGCUUCAGCCUGGACCUCAGCGGCUGCAGGACGUGCGCCUGCAAGAGCCGAGAGGAGCUGUGUGGUGGUCUAAUGGCCAGCUGUACCCUGAAAUGCCCUUUUGGCUUCCAGACUGACAUUCACGGCUGUGAUGUUUGCCAGUGUCGUCCGCGUCACAAGAAGUGCAAGGCUGUGGCGUGUGCCAAGGACUGCCCGUUCGGCUACAUUAAGAACAAGCAUGGAUGUGAUACCUGCCGUUGUAAGAAAUGCCCUGAGUUGCCAUGUGACAAGGCCUGUCCAAUGGGAUUCCAGCAUGAUGAAUUGGGCUGUCUGAUUUGUCAGUGUAGAGAUCAGAGCUCAUCAUCUGUGACUCCAGCAGUGAAGCUGGGCUCUUGUCUGUCUAUGGAUGGCCGCAGGCACGAGAACGGGCAGAGCUGGCACGACGGAUGCAGGGACUGUUACUGCCAUGCUGGGAGAGAAAUGUGUGCCCUUAUUUCUUGCCCAGUGCCACCCUGUGAUAAUCCUACCAUCCGACCUGGACACUGUUGCCCCACAUGCCCAGAAGAGUCCAGUUCCCAUAAGCCUGAGCUGAGCGAGGCGUCAGUGUGUUUGGCUCCAGGAGGAGAGUAUUUCGUGGAAGGAGAGACGUGGAACAUCGAUUCCUGCACUCAAUGUACCUGCCACAGCGGCCGAGUGCUAUGUGAGACCGAGGUUUGCCCGCCUCUUCUCUGCCACAGCCCAAUCAGAACACAGGACUCCUGCUGCCCACACUGUCCAGAUGAUCCAGUCACCCCUCAGACACCAAGUAAUGACAGCAUGCCCAGCUACUGCAGAAAUGAGGAUGGCGAUAUCUUCCUGGCGGCCGAGUCCUGGAAGCCCAACGUCUGCUCCAGCUGUGUGUGUCUAGACGGAGCCAUCAGCUGCUUCUCUGAGUCCUGCCCACCGGUCAACUGUGCUCGACCCGUACUCAGAAAGGGCCAGUGCUGUCCAUACUGUCUAGAUGCUACGCCAAGGGCUGUGUGUCAUUUCAACGGGAAGACAUACAUGGACGAGGAGCGAUGGGACAUUGACAGCUGCACUCACUGCUACUGCCUGCAAGGCCAGACCCUGUGUUCGACUGUCAGCUGUCCUGCUUUACCCUGCCAUCAGCCGCUCACUGUGGAGGGCAGCUGCUGCCCCAUGUGUCCAGAGAGUUACGCUCCUACGAAUGUGCCCAUCGAGAAGACGGACCAACGAGGAGACAAGUCCAGACAUCAACCAGCCUGGCCCACUCACAGCGAAAAUGAUAUUAUGCCACAGUUUAGAGGUGAAUUUGGAAGUCUGCAGAUGCCCUACCUAGAUGGCAAGACGCCUCUGCCCAGUGAAGAUGCUGGCCUGCAUUGGGCAUGGGUGGCAUUACCAGUAUUGAUGAUGAUGCUCACUCUUGCCGCACUGCUGUUGGUCAACCAGCGGAAGCAGUGGAUCCCUGUCCCUUGCUAUCGCACACCCAAUAAGUCUACAUGUCUUAACAACCAGCUGGUGUACGUGGACUGCCAGAAGGGGACGAAGGUCCAGGUGGACAGUUCGCAGCGCAUGCUCCGCAUUGCAGAUCCCGACUCGAGAUACAGCGGCUACUACAGCAUGCAGAAACACAACAACCUGCAAGCUGACAACUUCUACCAGACCGCGUGAACAGCAGGAGCGAGAGAGAGCGUGAGUGAAAGAGAAAGAGAGAGACUGAGCCUGUGUUCAGCUGCCAGACCUUUGCGGCACGUGGACACCUACUAAAAAAACAAACAAAUCUAAACUGUAGAGACGGACAAAGAAAGCCACAAAACUAAGCAGUCAGAGAAGAGACCCCUGAUACUGAAUAACGAUUAUAAUAUUCACAUAAGUCACUCCGAAAAAUGUAUCACACGUCGACACCCGGAGAUGAAAGCCGCACCUAUGUAACCUACGAACCAUUACGGAGUGUGAUAGUUAAAUUGGAGAGGACUCUUCUAGAAUAUUUUUGUGAAUCAGAGGCGUGUGUGAGAGAGCGUGAGAUUUCGUGGCACAAGUUUUGAAGGUAGUCGUGAGGUCAAAUGUACGUCUUUGGGAUUAGGACAAGUAGGGUGUUUUAUUCGUUUCCUUUCGACAAUAUUUUUUUUCCUGCAUUCCUUUUUUUGGGUGGUUGGAAAAGAGAAAAAUUAUUUUAGGAGUGAUGAUGAUUUUUUUUUGACACAAGUGCUUGUGUGAACACUUAACUCUGAACCAAAGCUUCUCUGUCUGUGGCACCUUAUGCCGAAACAGACCAGGCGAGAGGCCGAGGAGGGACGUUCACUUCCCUGAAACUGAGGAGACGCGGGACUGUGUACGGAGCACAGCUGAGAGAGGGAAAAACAAGAGGGAAAACCAGACAAAAGAUAGUCUGUUGUUGUUGUUGUUGUUGUUGCAACAGAUGCAUUUUUGUAGGAGAUGCUACUGUGAGAUUGUGAUUUCCUCUGCGUGAGUUUGUUUUUCUUUUCAAGACGAAAGGAGGAAAAAAACGGAGCGAGUUGCUCUGUGGACAUGAGUUCUUCCUGUUAAAGGAUGCGUGGGGGGGUCUCUAUGUUGUAUUUCUGCUUACAUGUAUGAGCAUUUUCCCAUUUAAUCAUACAACCACCAUUUGUUCUUUCUCCCACAACUAAGGGCAGAUCGACACUCCUAGCAAAUAUAUAUAUAAAUAUAUUAUUUUUUUUCCUGAAACAAAUCUGAGGACGUGAGAUAAUGAACAUAGAGAUAAUGGUUUGGAUUUGAGGCUAUGCUUUACAAGUGCUGCUUUUUUCCUUUUAUUUUUGAUUUUAUUGUUGUUGCUUUGAAUCUUUAAACCUCAUUUUAUGUGGAGGAAAAGCUGUAGUGAGGGUCAUUUGUCUUUUUGAGAAACAUUUACCAAGAGGACAGAAUCAAACGGCCUUAUUUGUGAAAUGCAGGCAGAAUGGAUAUGCGCAAACUGUUCGUAAACACACUGAUCUCAGUUUCAGAAAUGUUUGUGUGUUUAAUAGUUAUUUGCAAAAGCGCACUUUCAGAGUAGAUCAUGCUAAAGUUUAUUAAUAAAUAAAUACAAGCUGCAUUUACAUGAACCUCAAUAAUAUGUUUGUAAUCUCACUAGUAGCCCAGUACAAAUAAAAAAGUUACAUACCUGGUCAGUCAACAAUGCAUUUCCCAAACAAUGACAUAACUAUCAUGGUAUGAUGCAUCGUUUGGGAAAAGAACGAUGUAGCGACGAGUUUUUCACAAAACCCUAGUUUCUCUGUUGCAGAUCCGUUGUUUAAACCAUGUUAAGCUGCGGUCACACUUGACUUUUCUUCCCAUAGACUUCCAUUCAUACGCACACAAAUGCGUCUGACCAGAAACGCAGGGUCAUGCGUCAAGUUUCAUAUGUCGCUGUGGUGCAGAGUUCAAGCUUGGUGAACUCUGACCUGCAAAAUCGCAUCACUUGACUGCGUGAGAAUAAUCGAGGAUCAAAACAGGACAGAAAUUUAAAACACGGAGCAAUCGCUCGCUUUUUUUAAAUAUCUAAUAAGCUUGUUUAAUCCCGCCCCUUUUUACAGGGCAGUACGACAGAAUUUCGCACACACAAAGCCCAGUGUGACCGUAGCUUCUGUUGUAACGUAAACAUCCAUAAUGCCGCUUUAAACGGGGUGGAGCAACAAUUUCUUUCAAGAAAAACCCUGAAAUUUUUUUGUGCAAAUUAUAUUGUUUUACGUGCACACACAUUUAAAAAAAUUCCAAUAUUAGUUGGAUAUUGAGAGAUGACCUAAGAGAGAUGACUUUAAGAUUUUUUUUUUAAUCAAUCCAAGUUUAAAUGUUGGAACAUUCAAAAGGAAUAGGGCAUAGGGGGGAUAACUGGAAAUAGAACACAAGUUACUUACAUAAAACUACAGCUCGAGAUGUAUAGUUGAAAACGUACAAGUUUGCCACGCAGUUUGCAAAUGUUUGUCGGAACGAUCGAUUUGGCAAACGCCAAAUAAACAAAUUAUAGCUGCGUCCCAAAUCGCAUACUUAUGCACUAUUCUACACCAUUUUGUAGUAUAAAUAGUGUAAGCAGUGCGUUCACACUGAAAACUAAGUGUAAUAAGUGCUAACUAAUAAUAGUAAUAAGUUAACUAACUAAUAAGAGCACUUUAAUUAUCCGGAUGAUGCACUCAUUCAGCCGCUAAAAUGAAGUGUGGACUGAUGGACACUUCAUGUACUCAACGACCGCAGCUUUGCUCACGGAAGGGGUGGAGCUAUCGGGCGCACAUGUUGGAUAACUUUAUUUGUUUUGGAUGGUGAGAGCUAAAUUUUCCUACGAGAGUGAUUAUAGCGCCUCCCGAUGGUCAAUGCGGUUAUACUCAUGGCGAGUAUUAUUUGAUAGUUUGGUCAUUUAUUUCACUGAUUUGGCAAACGUUAAACGUCAUCAGGGAAAUGGUUUGAAUUUACGCUUAGUAAAAAACCAUUAGUGCUCCAUUUGGGACGACACUACAUACAUGUACUAUGCUGUUGAGUGUGUAAGUGCAAAAGUACAUAGUGCAUGAGUACAUAGUGUAUAGUGUGCCAUUUGAGUCACAGCUUAUGUUUGUAACGAUGCAACUUGUUGGCUAACCAUAGUUUUCGGAAAUGCACCCCAGAAUAAAUUUCGCCCAGCGUCAGAACAGAUUUUAUUUACCAAUAAGAAUCUCUCUCGCAUCAAAGAGCUUCAGCACUUAGGGCGCGAGGACACUGAAGUAAAUUUGGAAAACUGUUUCAUGAAAAUGCCAGCGCUUUUCAAAAUAAAAGGCUUUUCUAACUGUUGGAGCCUUUAAAAAUGCUGAUUGUUUGUGUAAAAUGGAAGCUCAGCACCUUGUCAAAAAUAAACUAGAAAAAAUACACUCGGCUUAAGGGAAAAAACACUUCGGUGGACACACACCCUUAAAGCAGCACUUGAUAGAAGAAUAAAAUGAACAAUCAUAAACAAUGAUGGUGUAGAUGCUAGGAAAGCUAUCAUUAUAUUUAACUGUAUAGUAAUUAUCUUUGGCUUGAACAGGCUUAUGGGCAAAUGGAAAUAGUUGCAUAUUCAAGAACAUAAUACAAUUACUAUAUUUAGAGUUCAAAUACAAACUUUGCUUGGUUUUUAAAUAAUAUUUAAUUUACUCUGAAUGAAAUACAAUGUUUUUAUAAAAAAGUUUAGUUCUAUGAAUAAAUUCACAAAAAAAAACUCAAAAUUGUCACUGCUUAAUGGUUUUGUGAACAAUUUCUACAAAAAUUCUGGCGUUAAUAGAGUGCUUACAAAAGUUCAAGUAGUAGUAGUUGUAAAAAGGUAAACAUGGUACCAAAAAAUUAUGAAGGAACGUUUUUAGUAAUAAUUUCUGAAAGCGAUUUAAAGGGCACCUAUGUUACCCCGUUUACAAGAUCUAAGAUAAGCCUUUGAUGUCUCCAGAAUGUGUCUGUAAAGUUUCAGCUCAAAAUACCCAUUAGAUAAUUUAUUAUGGCCUCCAGAAUCUGCCCAUUUUUAGUCUGUGGCUUUAAAUGCAAAUGAGCUGCUUCUCUCCGCCCACCGCUCCCACGUGCUUGUCUGCUUCUCCUGCAUAACAUCAGAUAAACAGCAGUCAGUGAUUGAGACAGACACUGAUGAAGCUGAAAUACAGCUCAUUUGUCAAAAAUACCAAGUAAGUGUAUUUCAUGUAUUUAGGGGUGGAGUUUAUGCAAGCCUUUCUGAAAUGUGAGUCUCACACAAAUGCCGUUUGUCGUUAUAUAUAGCGGUUAAGAAUUAGAUAGCGAUUUUACCGUCUUUAUCACAAACAUGCUCUAUUUUUAAACUGUUUUAAACUUAUAAAAAUCACAAGAGAGUUUCAGCAAAUAUUUUAAUCCCAGUUUAUUUGCAAAACAAAUGUUCUGUGGACAUGUGUUUACAUGUUAUUAUACUAACAUGGCACCUGCCAAUCAGUUUGGUGGGCGGGGAAAACCGCACUCCUAUGUCACGUUGCAAUGAGCCUUAAAAUCACUGGGCCCAUAUUUUAGCAUCAGGAAAUGUUUAAAAAGAGACUGAUUGUGUUUAUAUCACUCUAAUAUGACUGUGGACACACUAUACCUACACCCAGUUCUGUCCAAACAGCUUACAAAAGUAGAUUUUUAUCAUAGGUGCCCUUUAAGAAUACAGUUCUUAUGCAUACAGUACAUUACAAGAACAAUUUAGCAAAAAGUCUGACAGAACAUUUCUGCUAACAAUUUACACAAAAAAGGUGUUGCCUGCAUUUCAUCAGUGAGGUCCAAAGAAUCUGAAUGACUUUUGUAGGAGCUUUGAGAUAAACGUAUACUGCUUUUUUGAUAAACGUUUUCCAUUUCUCUUCUUCAUUUGUACUGUUCACGAAAGCGCCUCCUUUUCUGGAAGCUUUGUAACGUUACUGAGGCACCUUUGUGUUCUGGUUUUCUAGCUGAGAACGAAUUUGGCUUCGAAAAAAAAAAUCAAUCCAAAGCUAUUAUAGGAUUAUAAAAUUAAUGUACAUAGUAAUGCUAAAAUGAAAAGACCUGAAAUAUUAUGUGAGUAAAUAUAUGUAUGUGUGUAUGUAUAUGUGUUCGCAUGUACGUACAGGUGCGCAUGCACAUGUACGCACACAUGACUUCUCUUCAUCGGUAAAGUUCAUUUUCCUAAUGAAUGUAUUUAUGAUUGAGCAAAAUGAGAGAUUUAUAUUAUGGCAAACUGAAGAUGACAGGCAUUCCAUUGCCUUUUUGUUCGAUGGUUAUAAAAAAAACAAGCACAGACGAUGACGAUAUAGAAAGAAAGACAAACAUCUCAUUUUAUUCAAAUUUUUGUGUGUUUUUCUCCCCUCUCGUACAUUUUUUGAGACCCAUAAAAGUCACUUUGGGGUUUUUUUUUGUAUUUGCGAAUUAAAAAAUGUGGGUUGAAAUAUAAAAACACAAGAAAUCAGCAGAGUUCUCUAGAAAAAAUUCAUUAUAAUUUGUGUGCGUCGAUAAUUGUGUGUGUCACCUUUAGCCAUCUUUUGUGAUCUGACGGCUGAACGAUUAAGCUCUUGUUUCAUUGUUUUCUGUCACGAGUCCCUUCAGGUGUCAGAACUACUGGAAUGUUGAUGGACAUAAGCUGUUGAAGUGAGGGGG